AUGUUUAAAAAGAAAGAAGUAAUUCAAAUACUAGAAUUAAGGGCAGAACCUUUAAAGAAAAUUUAAUUAUAAUUAAGUGAAGAAUUAUACGAGUCAAAGUUUAUUUUUAAUAUCAAUGUAUGAAAUUAGAUUAGAUUGAUAGAAAAUGUAAUGGAAAUUAAAAAGAGAAGUAACUGGAGAUAAUUAAAAAGUAUCAGAAAUUAAUUCAAAAAUUUCAUAAUUAAAGGAAUAAAGUAAAUCUCAAAUAAAAGAGGAAUUAUUGAAAUUAACUUAAGAUGUUGUGAGUUUAGAAUAAUAAAAAGUGAAUCAGAUAAAGAAUAUUAGAAAGUUAGUUGAUGAUAAAGAAUUAGCAGAGAGAAAAUAAAAGGAGAUGAAAAAAUUGUUUUUAUAAUCAUAAAUUCGUAAUGAGUAAUUAAGAGGAAGAUAGAUUUAAAAAUUUAAUAUUGAAUUGA